UGAGAAACGUGAACAGCUCAUCAACUUAAAAAAACCUCUACAAUACAAGUACUAAAUACUUAAUGUUGGAACAUGUGCACAAUAUAAUAAUAGAUCAAGGUUUCUCUUUCAAAUUUUCCUCGGCAAAUAAUUUUCUUUAUUGGAUUCAUGUGAAAUUCAUCAGUCGGACUCUGGUUUAGUUUACUUAACAGAUUCGCUUGAGUUUAGAUCCCUGAGGGCUCUAGGAACUAGAGGAACUAGGAGCAGGGUUAGAUAUUCUUCACAGGGGUUAAAACCUAGAGUUAACACCAGGGGAUUAAGGAUAAACAAAACCUAGGAUUUUACUCAAAACUUCAUGAAUACAUUCUUGAUUCUUAUUCAUCCCUAUUCAUCCCUUUUCAUCCUGGGUAUAUAUGAAGAAGAUUGAAAUGAAAAGCUUCAGUUCUGAGUUCCAUAUCAACCAUUCACAUUUAUGCAUAUAUCAAGAUUUAAUAGUUCUUCAGCUGUCCUUAUUGAUACUUCUUGAUAAAAAAAUAGCUUACUAAGAAUAUUUUUGUAGAAAAUAAUGCUUCACUCCGAAAUACCGAUUACACCAGAAGAAGUCAAUGAAAGAUUGCUGGCCGCAGCAAACCAUUCUUCAUACUUAAACAAUCUGUGGGCUCAUCCAACCCUCCCUCCCGUCAGCCCCGAGGUGUUUUCCAACCUUCUCUCAUGCCUUCACACUGGUCACAUGACAUUAUCUCAUUCUAACGUUUUUGAGAUAUUCUGGUAUGCUCAAGUGUUCCAAUUCCCAACCGCAGUUCUUCAAUGUCAACAAUAUAUUCAAAAUCACAGUAAAUUUUUCCCACCCCCCUCCUUAACCCUUGGUCAUUCUCCAUCAGCCCUCUCAUCCCUCCUCCAACCCCAGACCAAACCAAUUCUGCAAACAAGACCAAUUGAGUUAAGUCCUUCCACCCCAUUGGAUCCUCUCCACAUUUUGAAUCACAGGAAGGAUAUUUUUCCCUAUCCAGUACCUCAACCGUCGCAAGCCUGGAGCGCAAACAGUGCCAAUUCAAGAAUUAUUCGUCCGACACCAAGCCGCCUUCUGCCAAUGUACAGCCGACUGACUGAUACUACAGUCCAUGGACUACAAAACCAUUUGAAUCUUUCAGUCCAAGAUGAAGUCCAUGGACUUUCUUGUCUUCCUGUCACAAUCAGUCAACAGAUGGCAAAACCAAUGGAAAUCACUGAACCUCAGAAAGCAGAUUCUAGUACUGAGAAUGAGAAUAAACCCCUGGCGUCUGUCGAGAAACCAUUGGCAAGAGAAAAAAGUUUAUCAAAUAUUGUGGAAACAGAAGGGAAUAUUAUGUCUGAACAGAAUGCAGCUGCCUGCGAUGGGCCAGUCAAAUUCCACAGGAUUUUUAACCAGUUCUUUAACAUAGAGCAAAAUCAGAACACACGAGAUAAAACCCAAGAGGAAGAAAUUUCAGUUGAUGAUCAAGAAAAUGAAACCGGAGAAACUUAUACGUGUGUGUUCUGCAACCACGUGUUCAAAUCCCAUUAUUGUUAUCAGAAACACAAGAGAAGACAUAUUAAUCCAGUUUAUGAAGAACUACAGGAAAAAGAGAUUACUUCAAACCUAUCCGUUCUUAAGGACACGAAUGUACAGUACUACCCAUGUAAGCAGUGCGGGGCCAAGUUCCCUUCCUACUACUUUGUUCAUAAACACAAGAAAAUGUGGCACACCACAGAGAACGCAUCAGAUCAUAGCUCAGAAGACGACCAAACAACAUUUCAACAACCUGGAACCUCUAAACAAUGAUAUUGGAACCUGGAACCUCUGAACAAUAAUAUUGGAACCUGGAACUUCUCAACAAUAAUAUUGGAACCUGGAACCUCUAAACAAUAAUACUGGAACCUGGAACUUCUAAACAAUAAUAUUGGAACCUGGAACUUCUAAACAAUAAUAUUGGAACCUGGAACUUCUAAACAAUAAUAUUUGAACCUGGAACCUCUAAGCAAUAAUAUUGGAACCUGGAACCUCUGAACAAUAAUAUUGGAACCUGGAACCUCUAAACAAUAAUAUUGGAACCUGGAACCUCUAAACAAUAAUAUUGGAACCUCUAACAGUAGUUUUGGAACCUUAAUUUCGAUUCUGGAUUCUGGAAAUCUCAAGCAAUAAUCUUUGAACCUUCGUAAAAUCGGCGAAAUGGAACAAUCUUUCAAUAAUUUUAUUUGAACCUUGGAACGAUUUUUAGAACCGCUAUUAGAAAUCCUGGAACCUUUUAAGAUGAGAAAAAAACUGAAUUCAAGAAACCUAGAACCAGAACUAAAACAGUACAAAUCUAGAACCUGUAGAAAACCUAAAUACUUAAUCCUAAAAAUCAUUAGUAGAAAUAAAGAAGAAAUUUUUGUA